CGAUCGAUCACUAAAAUCGGUAUCAGAUGCCACUACAAUCUCGCGGGAGGAUAACGAUUUUUUUCUUUGAGGUGCUACGUGGAGUUUUUGCCUCGGAAGCAGAUUUCCAAAAUCUCCUCACGCAGUAACGUCAAAUAGAUUGUAGCGGAAAUAUAUUAUUGACAAGUCAAAGUAAACAAGGUAUAGUACAGUAAGCGAAGUAAACUUAGACGGAGCUUGAGUAUAUAUAUGAAUAUACAGGUUAAACAACACGUGCGCACCGAAUAUACAUCUUGUUAUUUAUAAUAAACGAAUGUAAAAAGAGAAACAAAGUGUGUGGCGAACUUCGUCCCCUUCUUUAUCCUUGAGUAAUACAUUUUGUUUUCGUUGUGUAAAAAUUGAGAUUAAGACGAAUAUGCUUUCCAUUGUGUAGUAUAUUAUUUUUAAGUUCAUUUUAUAUUUAAUCAUUUUUGUCAUAUUUAGAAUGCAAAUCUUGGACUUGGAAAAAUUAAUCUUUGUUUAUAUUAUCAAAAGGUACCAAUCAUAAUGGCAUGAGUAAAAAAAAACGAUAGAUUGUAUUAAACUGUCAUGUUUUAUCAUUUUUUUUUAUCGAAGUGUGAAAUCACGGUGUAGUUAAAUGUUUUUUUGUUUGUAUACAUUACUAUCCUUUUCAGUUAUUCAAUUUCUAUUAAAUAAGAGCACAGGGUGUAAUGUAGUCCACAUUAUGAGAUAUAAGAGACAAGAUUUUUCUCUUUCAAAACUUUCAAAAAGAAUUACAUUUGGUUUUCAGUAUUUACAAAAUAACUUCUCACCUAAGUUCAUAAAACUCUUGUUACGUUCACAUUGACAUGAUAUAAAAGAAGAAUUAAUGAAAGAUUUCUUCCGUUGGCGAGUAGAACGUACACAAUUUUUUCAAAUACAUAUACCCAACUGCUGGUGUCGCAUGGCUUCGACAACAAACGUAUUCGUUUGGGUUUCUUCCUCGAAAGAAAAAACUGCCCAAAGAAAGCGCACUUCGUGGAUCCUGGAUCCCAUCUGGGAUCCACCGCGUCCGAAAGAUCUGGUAUAAUGAUUUAAAACGAAAAAAAGUGUACGGUAAAAGAAAUUUGCCACGAAAACAUUCGCGUACAUUUUUCAGAAGUCAGAUCUUAUUAACAAUUAUAAAGAAAAUAAUGAGACACCGUCAAAAUUAAAAUUGUUUUAAUUAAGCAAUUUCAUUUUCAAUAUCAAUGUCAUAAAUUUGGCAUUAAUUUAUCAAUUUGCCACAGUAGAUAAGGAAUAAAACUAACAAGUAGCUGUUUAUUUGUGUUUCUCCGACUGGUUCAAUUUUUAUUGGUUUACUAUGAAUAAUUUCAUCAUGCAAUUCGAAUUAUAGGAUUAAUUUGCAUCGUCAAAUUUUAUGUUCUACCAAAAGAGCAACGAGUAAACAAUUAUUUUCCUUUUACUGGUUAUUCGACACUUUCAUCUAGGAAAGAAUUUUGCUCAUCUCUGUAUGACGCCAACCUACAGUGGUUAUGCAGCAUGGUCUUUGACAAAAACUUGCUACGACAAGAAUGAAGAUAUAUCAUUUGUACUCACCAAUCGAAACAUAUCGCAUGAAUAAAAAUUCCCUUGAAUUUACAGUCUCAGUCUUUCUUCUAACAUCGACGAAGUGCGAAAAAACAUCUCUUCUACACUCGAUCCAAAAACACACACAAUUAAACGGGUACGCGUUUUUUAAAUCGGUCUUUCGAUUAAAAAUCGAUAUUAUCUACAAGUCUGCUGGAUGACAACUUAAAGUUGCCGUUUAAACGACCAAGUCUACGCCUACUAUGGUUGUAAAAAAUAAUCCCGAAGUUAUCUAAAAGAUUCACUUGUUACCGAACACGUCGCGUCACAUGUCUCCUCAGUAAAAGAUUGUUUGACCACAGUGCUACCAAACGUUUAACGGUAAAGUGGCACUAAUGACCGCCCAAAAAUGUCCGAUAAUCAAAUGUUCGAUCUGUAUCUUUCUUGAAAGUAGACGCUUCGAAAUUUUAAACGUUGAAAUAAAACUAUCAUAAGGUGUAGAAUGCCAACAAAAAAUGUUUAUUAUUUUAUCUUAUCGAUUAUAUUUUAAUUAUCCAUUUUUCUAGCGCCAAUUGUUUGUAUUUUGUAUUUUAAUUUCAUUCGUUCAUUUUUCGAGGAUUAAACAGGUAUACAAAUAAAUGUAAAUAUCCCAGUAACGAUUUCAAACUUCGUUUAUAAAACAUUUGUUGCAUUAAUCGCACGUGUAGUUAAAAAAAAAAUUGAAAAACAUGUCAGUAUUAAAUAAAACAAAAAAUGAGUUAAAGUAACUUAAAUAGAAACCACACGUAGAUUGUAAUUUUACUCUGAAGAUGUAUUGCGUGUUAUAUCAAUUUUUAUUACGUUAUGCGUGUUUCCCUGUUUCGCCGCUGUUUACAGCUCCGUCCGUCUCGAGUUUCCUUCGAGAAAGCCAGUUGCACGUACGCACGUACUCUAGGUGCGUGCCAUGACGACGAGAAACCAGUCUCACGGCGAUUUUUGCGACGAUGAAACGACUACUGUCUUCAAGGAAUCGACAGGGCCGUAUAUGCCUACAUGUCUUACCUGCUUGGCUGGACAAUGACCGUUUAAACGAUGCGUUUGAAUCUCAAUCGACCAUAUACAACUUUUUCUACAAUUUCAAGUCAUUUCGCGGUUUUCAAACGCAACGUCACCGAGUAGAAGUACUAUAUAAAAGGUGUUCUCGAAAAUGCACAAGUAAUUCCUUGAUCAUAAUUCUUAGAAAUGUCGAGGAUAUAUACUCUGUAAUCAUCCUUCCGAUUUUCAGUCAGAUACAGAAAAAACAGAUGUUUUAUUCGUCCGCGGGACACUUUCUUCGGAACAGCUUCGUGAAUCGUCGGCGAGGUUCGUGAAGGCUCGUGUCGGGGCCCGCUAGGCCCAAUCUGACCGGCACAGUUGCGCGCAUUAUUCCAAACGCGCGUGAUUGUUGUUCGUGACGAUCAAAUAAUCGUCAUUUAUAGUUUAUCAAUGUUUAGAUUAUCAUUCGAGUCACUGUAGCAAUUUGUUAUAAUAGUCUGUCUCCAUUCGUUGACGUUUGUUGCGAUUGAAUUAUCUUUCCGAACUGAGAGAAUUCAAGGCUAUAGAAUAAACAUAGAUUAUAUUUAUUCGGGGACACAAAAUAACAGGCGUUACUAACAUAGUUCAAUUUAUAGUCACGAUAAUAAUGGUACUAAUGAUUUGAAUUUUGUAUUAAAACACCCUUUGAAAUCAUUUGCUAUAGAUAGAUUAUGCUUAUAUUAUUUUAUAAAAUUUAUCCAACUAUACAUUUAUAGUCACGAUAAUAAUAGUACUAAUGAUUUGAAUUUUGUAUUAAAACACCCUUUGAAAUCGUUUGCUAUAGAUAGAUUAUGCUAAUACUAUUUUAUAAAAUUUAUCCAACUAUACAUUUAUAGUCACGAUAAUAAUAGUACUAAUGAUUUGAAUUUUGUAUUAAAACACCUUUUGAAAUCGUUUGCUAUAGAUAGAUUAUGCUAAUACUAUUUUAUAAAAUUUAUCCAACUAUACAUUUAUAGUCACGAUAAUAAUAGUACUAAUGAUUUGAAUUUUGUAUUGAAACACCCUUUGAAAUCGUUUGCUAUAGAUAGAUUAUGCUUAUAUUAUUUUAUAAAAUUUAUCCAACUAUACAUUUCGCUAUCGUUUACAUUUCGAAAUCGUUUGCUAUAGAUAGAUUAUGCUUAAAUUAUUUUAUAAAAUUUAUCCAACUGUACAUUUCACGAUGGUAGAUGUUCGUAGAAAUAUAAACACAUUCUUGCUAUCAUAGUUCCUAGAAACCUCGAGGCCAUGACUGAUAAACAUCCUUCCGAUUUUUAAUCGGAAUUUUAAUUAUUACGUAUCCCAAAAAAAAAAAAAAAUUGUUUCUUGGUCUCCCGGGGCACUUUCUUUGAAAUAACUUCGUGAAUCGUCGGUGGCACUCGUGAGGGUUCGUGUCGGGCCCACUCCGACCGCCACCUGUCGCCUUCGAACGGAAUCACGACUAGUCUUUGACAAGGCGCGCGUAUUCUUGACUCGGCCAGCGUGGGAGUAAGGCUGUCCACGAGAGACGCCUGUGAAGGUGGUCGAUCAAUCGCCUUCUUUCGUUUACGUUCAAGUUUCACGUUCGCGAACGUCGAUUCUCUCGAUCGAUCGAUCGUUGUCGUGAUAUAUAAAAUCGCGAGUGAGUGUUAACGAGUUAAAAUCAACGCAAUCUCGGUGCCUAUAUCGCGGAGUUAAACGAAAGAUCGCGAUACCGGCAUCGUUACUACACGAAUCACAGUGAAAUCGGAGUCAACACGGUGUGCCCGCCGUGAAUUCGCGUUCUGAUUAUCCGCGAUCGCUGUUUGACACCGAAGAAUUAGCGGAACUGAAGGUAUAGUGUAAUACGAUGUAGACUUUGACUCUUCGCGAGUGGAUUGACACAAAGACCUGUCGGGGUGAUACCGGUGAAAUUUUAACCGCACGAUCGCGAUAAGGGAACAUGGUGCGAGUCGGUGGACGUUCCUCGAUGUGAAACUUGGUACCGUUUCCGUUGUUGUCGUUGCAUGCUUCGAAGGGCGUAUAAAAAUUCGGAGUGAAAUUCAGUGCGGUAUUUAUACGGUGUGCGGUGCUAGUGUAGUGGAUAUGCGUCGAUCUUUAUUGUGAGGGUGCCAGAGGAAUUCUUCCUGGAUUGAAAGGCCCUGGAUAAAAGAUGGGACCAGCCAACAUUCUUAGGGUUUGCGUGCUCUUCACGUUGGUGUACGUCCUUAACGCAGACGUCAUCGAAGAAAGAGUUUGCAUCGGAACCAAUGGCCGCCUCUCCGUUCCGUCCAACAAGCAGCAUCACUACCGGAAUCUUCGAGACCGGUACACCAACUGUACUUAUGUCGACGGCAACCUGGAGAUCACAUGGCUCCAGAACGAGACAUUCGACCUCAGUUUCCUCCAGUAUAUACGAGAGGUCACCGGUUACGUCCUCAUCAGCCACGUGGAUGUCCGGAAGAUCGUCCUGCCGCGGUUGCAGAUCAUACGCGGCAGAACGCUCUUCAAGCUCACCAUACAUGACACCGAGUUCGCCUUAUUCGUCACGAUGUGUCAGAUGCAGAACUUGGAGAUGCCGGCCCUCAGAGAUAUCCUCAACGGGAGCGUGGGCAUGUACAACAAUUACAACCUUUGCCACAUCCGUACGAUCAACUGGGACGAAAUAAUCACCGGCCAGGGUGGAACGUACUCCUACGUAUACAAUUUCACGUCACCGGAGCGCGUAUGUCCGUCGUGCGAUAAGAGCUGCGAGCAGGGCUGCUGGGGCGAGGGUCCCGAGAAUUGUCAGAGGUACUCGAAGACGAACUGUUCGCCCCAGUGCUGGCAGGGCAGGUGCUUCGGGCCCAAUCCGCGAGAGUGUUGCCAUCUUUUUUGCGCCGGUGGCUGCAUGGGUCCGAAACAGAGCGACUGCCUCGCCUGCAAAAACUUCUUCGACGACGGUGUGUGCACGCAGGAAUGCCCGCCCAUGCAAAAGUACAAUCCUACGACGUACUCGUGGGAGGCUAAUCCUGACGGGAAGUACGCGUAUGGUGCAACCUGCGUGAGAAGGUGUCCGGAACACCUUCUGAAAGACAACGGGGCUUGCGUAAGGGCCUGUCCACCGAAGAAGAAAGCGUUGAACGGCGAAUGCGUGCCUUGCGAUGGCCCGUGCCCGAAAACCUGUAAAGGCGUGGAGAAAGUGCACUCUGGCAACAUAGACGACUUCAAGGACUGCACGAUCAUCGAGGGAUCGAUCACCAUACUGGACCAGAGCUUCCAAGGCUUCCAACACGUCUACCCCAACUUCAGUUUUGGCAAACGCUACGAGAAAAUGCAUCCCGACAAGUUGGAGGUGUUCAGCACCCUAAAGGAGAUCACCGGAUUCCUGAACAUCCAAGGGGAUCACGAGGACUUCAAGAACCUCUCGUACUUCCGGAACCUCGAGUUCAUAGGUGGAAGAACCCUGACGGAGUAUUUCGCGUCUUUGUACAUCGUGAAGACGUCGCUCGUGUCGUUCGGCCUCAGCUCCCUCAAGAAAAUUUAUUCCGGGUCCAUCGCCAUUUUGGAGAACAAGAAUCUCUGUUACGCACAAAGCAUCAACUGGACUAGGAUCAAGAAGUCGUCGGAGCACGAGAGUUUGUUGUCUAAUAAUAGGAACGAAAGCGAAUGCAUAAGAGAUGGAUUGGUCUGCGACGAGCAGUGUUCCGAAGAGGGUUGUUGGGGUCACGGACCAGCGCAGUGUCUGUCCUGCAAGAACUUCAUAUUAGGGAACGAUUGUCUCCAAGACUGCACCGCGCCAGGAAUUUACCAGGCCGAUGAAAAGACCUGCAAGUUGUGUCACGACGAGUGCGACGGUUCUUGCACCGGUCCAAACGCGGAGCACUGCACAAAAUGCAAACACGCGCUAGACGGUCCGUUCUGCGUGCCCGAGUGUCCAUCCUCCAAGUAUGACGACAACGGCGUGUGCAAGGACUGCCACGGGAACUGCGUGGGUGGCUGCGAGGGACCCGAGAACAACAUAGGCCCUAAUGGAUGUCACAGCUGCGAUAAGGCGAUCAUGAACGGGAGCGUACCUGAAGGAUGUUUGCAGAAAGGGGAACCCUGUCCAGAUGGACAUUACUACGAGUGGGUGAGUCCUCAAGAGCAAGGAGCCUUGAAGCCUCUGGCAGGAAAGGCAGUCUGUCGGAAAUGCCAUCCUCGUUGCAAGAAUUGUACCGGAUACGGUUUCCACGAGCACGUGUGCCAAGAGUGCACCAAAUACAAGAGAGGCGAGCAGUGCGAAGACGAGUGUCCUGCUGAUCAUUUCGCGGACGCAGACACUCAGCUCUGCAUUCCGUGCUUCAGCGAGUGUCGAGGAUGCUUUGGACCGGGCCAGAAUCAAUGCUACAAGUGUCGAAACUACAAAAUCAACGUGGACGAAGAUAUAGAUGGAAACGCUACAUCCUUCAACUGCACGGAGAUCUGUCCUCCCGAGUACCCUCACAAAAUCUUCCCUCCGGACAGCGAGCCGUACUGCUCCCUGGAAUCCGGCAGCGUUAGAUUCUCAGGGGAGAACGAGCUGCAGCCAGCUAUCCUAGCAGGUGUCGUGGUGUUCACUUUACUCUUCAUCAUGGUCGCGGCCGUAAUCAUGUACUUCUGGCGCAUACGCGCGAAAGCAAAGGAAAACACCGUGAAGAUGACAAUGGCGUUGACUGGGUUAGACGACAACGAACCACUACGACCGACAGGCGUGAAGCCGAACCUGGCCAAGUUACGUAUCAUCAAAGAAGAAGAGAUGAGGAAAGGUGGGAUCCUGGGUUACGGAGCUUUCGGAAACGUCUACAAGGGCGUCUGGGUGCCCGAAGGUGAGAACGUCAAGAUCCCGGUGGCCAUAAAGGUCCUUCACGAUGGCACAGGGGCGAACACAUCGAAGGAGUUCCUCGACGAGGCGUACAUCAUGGCCAGCGUGGAACACCCUAACCUUCUUCAAUUGUUAGCCGUUUGCAUGACCUCGCAGAUGAUGCUCGUGACCCAGCUGAUGCCUUUGGGUUGCCUGCUCGACUUCGUGCGCACGUUCAAGGACAAGAUCGGCUCCAAAGCCCUCCUCAAUUGGUGCACGCAGAUCGCCAGAGGAAUGGCCUACCUGGAGGAGAGGAGAUUGGUCCACCGCGACCUGGCUGCGCGAAACGUUCUCGUGCAAACGCCUAACUGCGUCAAAAUCACCGAUUUCGGUUUAGCCAAGCUUUUGGACAUCAACGAGGAACAGUACAAGGCUGCAGGUGGAAAAAUGCCGAUCAAGUGGCUGGCCCUCGAGUGCAUUCAGCAUCGAGUCUUCACGCACAAGUCGGACGUGUGGGCUUUUGGAGUGACCAUCUGGGAGGUUCUCACCUAUGGUGGCAGACCUUACGAGAACGUGCCAGCUAGGAACGUGCCAGAAUUGUUGGAGAAGGGCGAGAGGUUACCCCAGCCAACGAUCUGCACGAUCGACGUUUACAUGAUCAUGAUCAAGUGCUGGAUGCUGGACGCGGAGUCCAGGCCUAGCUUCAAGGAGCUGGCGGAGGACUUCGCGAAGAUGUCCAGAGACCCUGGUCGAUAUCUUGCCAUCAAGGGCGACAAAUACAUGAGAUUACCUUCGUAUACACUGCAGGACGAAAAGGAGAUGAUACGAAACCUUGCAUCAGCCAUGGACGGUCCCGAGGCGCUAGUGGACGCCGACGAGUACCUUCAGCCGAAAUCCAGGGCUCCUAUUCCACCUGGACUCUCAGCAUCCAGUACUUCCGGUUCUCCACCGAACACCCCCGUGAAAACUUGCUGGCCCAAUGGCAAACCCCUCGCUGCCGACUCUCCAACGCCUCAAAACCAACAGAACUGGGACAGAGAGUUGCUGAGGUACGGAGCGAAUCACAGAAACGGAAACGCGUCACACGAGCCUGGAAAUUCGGGUCAGCACCCGCAUUUCGCGCCUCCCAACGGCCAUUGUGGACAUCCUGUUGGCUCCGACACAUCCAGUUCGAGAUACUGCUCGGAUCCGCUGAAGAUGAUUGGCGUCAGAGAUUGUGACGUGACGGACGAUUGUUUCGAAGGUGAGGUGAACUCUGCACACCAGCAGGCUCAAGUAGGUAACCUGAAGUUAGACUUGCCAUUAGACGAAGACGAUUAUUUGAUGCCAUCGCCGCAAUUGCCGACGAACACGACGCAGUACAUGGAUCUCAUAGGGGACUCGAAACCCACGGAAUUGGAGCCAAAGCGAGUCAACAACGGUUACAGGAAGUACCCAGAGUUCCUGACCAUCCAAGGUAAAACUUCGCUGGACAAUCCCGAGUACAUAAUGUCCCAGGACGAGGGACCAUUGACCCCGCAGACUUUAGGUAUUCCAACGCCCGACCUGGAGAAGGUCCUGACGAACGGAACCUUCGGGUCUCAGGUGAGACAAAGGAGUUCCGAGGAGGAAUCUGACCACGAGUACUACAACGACUUCGAUCGCCUGGAACGGGAGCUGCAGCCGCUGAAGCCUCUCAGAAAGAACGAGACCACCGUCUGAGCCCAAGGAUAUCCUACAGGAUGCCAAACGAACUGUCAUUCCAAAACUGGAACCAGAGAGUUGAUGUCGUCCGUUCCGAGGAUGGAUUCGAUCUCGAACUUGACGGACGAAGGGAAACUUCAGAGUACUUAGAGAGGACACUUCGCUCGAGUGCCGUGUUUGAUUGUGAUUAGACGUAAAACGCGAGAACUGUGCUAAUUUCCCAACAAAAUUUCGGGAAAGUAUCUCACACAAGAUAGACUGUUGCGCGUGCGUACGAUGAACAAGUAGUGCAAAGAUAAUCUUAAUGUGCCAUUCGCCGUGGCUUGUAAAUAACGUACUGUCUACCACUUCUGUAGGGCUAACGAGAGUAUAAGGAUCGACUUGCAGUAAAUGGCAUAGAAAAUUCUCUCCCUUACCCUUCUGCCCUUAUUUCGACGGUCCAUGUUCGUUGUCUCACCCUCUUUUUCUAUCGAUGACCAUAGACGUAACGAUUUGUCGUACAAUGACUUGUACGACUAUCGUUGAUGUAACUGUUUGGAGACUCUGUGGAUGUCGUUGCGACUUAUGCUAUUAAUUAAAUGAAGGACAGUAAGACAUAGACUAUGAGGGCUCUAGCUCAGAAGCUUCAGCUUCUAAAGUCUUUAGAAAUUAAUUUGAAAAUACAUGUUGCACCGUUUAAAAGACAAGACAUACUUCCAUUUAAAUCUCAACUCUUUAUUCGAAUCGAUACAAAUAUGAAUUUAUAUAAACAUUCACAGUCUAGUAAUGAUAAUUGGUUUAAAUAAAUCUGUAGACAUUAAGGGACAUAUUUAUGACAAGAAAUUAAAAUUUUAUAUCUUAUUUUUUUCUACUCUAUGUGAAUUUGUAAAAUAGUCAUCUAUGUGCAUUGAAAGUCUAUUUCUUUUACAGUCUAGAGUUCUAGAAAUUAUAUAAAUUUUAGUUGUUGUUACGGGAUUCUAAUUCAGCCGUAACGACUGUCUUACGAUAAAUCGUUGACGUUCAUGGUCUCUAGUUUCUUCACAGAGAACGGACAUUUCUCGUAUUAUCGUACAGUGUCGAACUGCGAACAAAACGAAUUACUCCUGUUACGAAUGUGGACCUCUCUCACUUUCGAAGAAUCGAACUCUAAACUCUUCUGUCUCCUCUAAAUUCAUAAUCGUCUCGUGUGCGACGUAUCUGCGCGGUUCGCCGUUGACUGUGAUAAAGAAACGUUCUACUGCUUCUCGAAAAUAUUUUAUAUAAUUUAUAAAAUAUUUUAACCAUCUCAACUGUUAAUCCUUUCUUGCUUUCUCCCCCAUGUGUCGCAAUGAGCAACGACAGUACAACGCAUUAGACCAUUUAUUAUGAAAAUAGCGUAAGUCCAUCUUUGAUCGAGCCAUAGGAACAUGAUUGUAUUUUGGUCGCUGUAUAAGUAAUUAUGAUUAAUUAUGUAGCUGAUCGGUAGAUAAAUUGUAUAAGUUUGUUUGACAAUUAGAACAAUUCUCUCGAAUGUAGCUUUAGUAUACAAUUAUUCGUUUAUCUUUGUUUUGAUCUAUUCAAUCUAUUCUGUUCUAUCUACUCAAAUCGAUAAGCAUCGAUAAGAUCGUUAUGAUGUUUUAUUUAUUUUGUGUUUCGACUGCUUUCAUUUUUAAAGUAUACAAAUACUCCAAAUGAAUUCACCAAAUUAAUAUAUGAAAUUUGUAAUGUAAAGUGCUAUGAUUGAAUACAGAGGAAGAAGUAUUAAUAUUUUAUAGGUUUUGAAAAUGUUUUUUUUAAAUAAAGAAUCAAGUAUUUAUGAUUCUAUUUCUCAUUACCAUCACUGCCAUAUUAAUCAACAUUUUUUAAACAAUCAUUGAAUAUUGGUAGUGUAUACAACAAUAAUCCAACUACAUCCUUAUAUGUUGUUAAUGUUAUGAGUUUAGGAAGAUGAAAUCAAUAAAUUAAAUCAAUGAAGAUCGUUCAUGUUCGUAGAUUUACAUCACGAAAUGUUUCUCUCGUUUAGUUCAACAAUUGAACUUGAGUCGACGCGAUCAUAACGAAAUAUUAUUCGACUUCCAUCAUUUUCAUAACGAAUGGCUCAAUUGUCCUAAUUUACUACCCGAAUGUAGAGAAUUCUGGAGUCUUUUAAAUAAAAAGAUGUCGAAUAACGAAUAAUAAUUGAACAACUUUCGAUUCGUUAUUUGUUCCAUCAAAAUUACAAUUUAAAUUACACAAUCGAAUUACGAUUGAAUUAUUGAACGAAUAGAAACUUAUAUAAAAAGAAACGAACGAUUUCUUCCAACGUCUCCCAACGUCGUCUUGCGACUCCAUAUAAAACCAUUUCUUAUGUUCAUUUUUUAUGCCAUCGCCUUUGCAAAAGGACCAAUGAAUUUCGUCCUCGGCCCGUACCGCACGGAAACAUCUCGACUUUUUAUAUAGAUACGCGUUUUGUAAAUAGAUUAGCGGUUACCGCGUAAGACUUCUACGAACGUAGAGAACGGAAAAUGUACUUGAGUAAACUAAGCGACAAAAAAAAAUAUAAAUUGUAACGUUUUAAACGAGAAAAAGAAAGACGGACGAAAAUGUAAUAGGAUUAGGACGUGCCAUGUUGUGUAUGUACAGGGAACGCGCGAAAACAGAUUUCCCACGCGUUCACCGAAAUCUCGACGGUGAAACGGCAGCGAUGGGCAAAAUUCUUAUCUAAAUAAAAAUAUCGAAUAACGAAUAAAUGCUGAAACAACCGUUUAUCGUUAUUCGAUGAAUAAAAAGUUAGAAUUUUAUAUGUAGAAUGAUAGAUUUUACAAUGAACGAAUCAAAAUUCAACUACUCUUGUAAACACCGCGAAUGAAUUAAUGAAUAAAUGAAAUGAUUAAUUCGAAUGAAAUUUUGCCCGUCUCUGAGUGAAACGGAUCCUCCUCCAGACGUAGCGUUUCAUUUGUAGGAGAUGUGCACGAGCGUGUGCGAGAUUGACGAUCUCAUUCGUGAUGGUGAACCUUAUUAGAGGAAACAGAAUUCAACGUCGCGCGCUCUUCUGUGAUAAAAUGGGAACAAACAUCACAAAAAAAAUUGUUUUUGUUUUUAUAUUAACGUGUUUCGUUUGUUUUUGUUCGUCGCGCAGAACAAUUCGCACGGAUUUCCAAUCUCGUCACGCGCGGGGUGCGGUGUCUUAUUCUUAACGAUUUAAGUAAAUACGUAUCGUGUACAUUGCGUUAAGUGUUAUUAAUGGUUACGUUAGCGAUUUCUCUCCUUGUAAUAUAACAUUCAUUGCGUCACCGUGCGGAUCAGCGUUGUAUCACAGGAAAGCGCGUGAAUGACUAAUCGGAGAUGGGCAAAAUUCUAAUCUAUUUAAACUAUUUCAAAAUAACGAAUAAAAGAUGACAUUCGAUCUGUUAUUUGUUCGAUGAAAAUUAUAGUACAAUCUGAAUUGUAUAAUUUUGUUAUGGUGCAUGUUGAAUUAAUAAUAGUUUAUUCGAAUAAACGUUGUGAAUAAAUCGCGGCAGUUUAUAUUCGUCAUCUAUUAUUCGGAUAAAAUUUUGCUCGUCUCUGCGCCUAAUUCGAUGUUUCCAAUGAGAGAAAAGAGAGAAAAACAAUGUAACGUUAAACGUGUCUUUCCUCCAUUUUCCCCUCUGUCCCUUACUUAUUCCCGUUUCUAAUGAUGUUUAUCGUAAACCCGACGGAAACAGUGAGUGUGAAUUUAGAAAUUGUACAAUACGUUUGAUCGCCGGGGAUAAAUAGCUGCGAGGAAUUGCAUUUGCCAUUCGGUUGUGGACAUAGAACUUAUAAAACUUUAUAAUAUCAUUACAUUAUCGUAAAGAAAUUAUUGUAAUAAAGAACCAACAAGAUUUU